AUGCCAACCCCAACUCAAUCACUCGAUCAUCUCAUUCUCUUCGUGCCGGUAGACACAGCUACAAACCUCCCCAAUGUACCAGCCUAUCUCAAAGACAACUUCACCCUCACACCAGGCGGUUUCCACGCUGACGGCGCAACUUCCAACGUACUCAUUCUCCUUGCCGACGGCUGCUACAUUGAACUCGCCAGCUUCCUCGACCCCAAAUUUUUGCCUACACAUUGGUGGGGUCCAGACUUUAACUUUGCAGGCUGGAAGGAUUGGUGUUUGACAAACGCCAGCACGCCUGAGGAGAACUAUGACAAUGUGAAAGAGACGCACGGAGAACCAGUUCACGGUGGCAGAAAGAGGGCAGAUGGUGUGGAUGUCAAGUGGGCUGUUACCUUCCCUAAGGGUGAGAACGGCGGUCAGGGUGUACGGGGCCGUAUACCAUUCUUCUGUCAUGAUAGUACGCCCCGCAAUGUUCGCGUUGCGAUCGAUGACGAGAAGACGACACACCCAUCUGGCGCUCUAGGCGUUCGGCAACUCACCGUCAUCGUUAAGGAUCAAGCGCUGCUCGACGAAACGAGACGUAUCAACGCGGCAAUCCUUGGUGGUGAUGGCUUAGAAGGGAAAGAUGAAGUAUCCUUUCAAGCUAAACGGGUGUUUGAGGUUGAAGGCUUACACGGCGGUGCAAAGAUCACGCUGCGACUACCGAAGGACAACGAAGAAUCGAAGAAAGUAGAGAAAUCAGGAUUUUGGUAUGGAGAUGUGGUAUUGGGUGCGAAGGCUUCAUCAGGGAAGGCUGCUGGGACGAAAGAGAGGCUUGAUGGCUCGGGAGAUGAAGCUGGCGUACGUGGUAUUUGGAUUGAAUACAUAUAA